AUGGAUAAAAUCUUCUGGGAGCAGAUCGGGCAUAAUGUGAAAGUUGAUGUGGAUGACAUACUCAUCAAAUCCCCAUUAGCUGUGAAUCUGAUCCAAGACGUGGAGGAAACAUGCAGGACUCUCCAACAAUAUGGAUUAAAGCUGAACCCCUUGAAGUACCGAGCUGCUCCUUUCUUCAAGGUGCUAAGGAAGGCCUCUAAAUUCCAAUGGGACGAAGAAUGCACCAGAGCUUUCGAAGAGCUGAAGAAGUAUUUGGAGACUCUCCCCUCUCUCUUUAAGCCAGUUGUAGGAGAACCUUUAUGGGUCUACUUGUCGGCUACCCCUGAGGCUGUAGGGGUUGUGCUCGUUAAAGAACAUGAUAAUGUACAACGGCCAGUGUAUUUCUUCAGCCAUUUAUUGAAAGGAGACGUGUCUCGAUACACGGCCGUAGAGAAGUUGGUUUAUGGAUUGGGAAGCGGGGUUGGGGUCUUGGUAAUAUCUCCUCAAGGAGAUAUACUCCAAUUAGCGGUUCGAUUGAAUUUCCGAGCCACGAACAAUGAAGCAGAAUAUGAGGUUUUGUUGGCAGGACUGCAAGCAGCCCGGCACGUAGGGGCAGCCCGGGUAAUCAUUUAUUUAGAUUCGCAGUUGGUAACUCAGCAAGUGACAAGCAACUUUAUGAUAAAUUGUGAUAAAUUGCAAGUGUACCGGGAAGUUUAUGAGAGGAUGAAGGAAGAAUUUACAGAGGUCAUUGUAACUAAGAUACCCAGGUCGGAAAAUGAGAGGGUAGAUGAGUUAGCAAAGAUUGUCAGUUCCUUGACUACUUGGGUGUUGGAUCGGUCAACAGCACAAACUUUUCUGAUAGCCCAGAUAGAUCUGCAAAAUAAUAGAGAAGCAACUAUUGAUUGGCGGACACCCAUGAUCAACUAUCUCAGGCAGGGUAUCUUACCAACCGAUCCAGAAGAGUCACGGCUGAUUAGGAAGCAAGUGCAUGCUUAUGUAAUGAUUCGAGAUCAGCUCUAUAAGAGAUCCUUCUCUCGACCUUUACUCAAAUGCUUAGGGGUAGAGGAAGCCGACCAGGCCUUGCGAGAAAUACAUUUAGGAUGCUGUGGCAAUCAUGUUGGCGGCCGGACAUUAUCUCGCAAGGUACUCCUGGCCGGGUAUUUCUGGCCUACUUUACAGAGGGAUGCUCACAAGUUGGCGAAUACAUAUUUGUCCUGCCAGAAACAUCAAAAUUUGACACAUCGACCUACGACCCUUUUGAGAACGUCUAUAGUUUCAUGUCCUUUUGAUCAAUGGGGCAUGGAUAUCGUGGGCUCAUUUUCGAUGGCGCCUGAUUUGGUAUUCCUCACAAGCUGGUGUCUGACAAUGGAAGGCAAUUUCAAGGACAAAGAAUCCAGGCCUGGUGUUAAGCUGGACCAUGUGGGCAGCAAUUGGGUGGAAGAGCUGCCAAGCAUUCUGUGGGCCUACCGUACAACACCUCGGGAAAGUACAGGUCUGACACCAUUCCACCUGGUUUAUGACAAUGAAGCAGUUGUACCCAUAGAAAUUGGAGUGCCACCUGUCAGGAAGACACUAUAUGAUGAAGGAAACAUAGAGCGGCGGUUAGCUGAGCUGGAUCUCAUUAGUGAAACUCGGGACAGAACGGCGGCUCGGUUGGAGGCCUAUCGACAAAGAAUGAGAUAA